CCUGUGUAAACCUUGGACUGGUUUACACUGAUGGCGCCUAGUCUUUUGAAAGUCCACGUUUGAGUCGUGGCAGCGAAGGCCGAGCUCACAGUAUCAACAGUCCAUCUCCUCUUGCCUGCUUAAAUGCUUUCUACCCGGCUGCACAAAUAUGGAAAACACUGUUUGGUUUCUUAACAGACCAAUACCUCGUGGUUUAUCUGAUUAAAAAUAGAACAAAUGCGAAUGACCUGCGUCAUGUGACAAAGCUUCCACAUUUUAUGAUAUUUCCUUUUCUAUUUUCCUCAAUACUGUCCCGCUGGACACCCAAUGGGAGGGACUUAAGUGUUCGCCACCUAGCCUACGGGAAUAGGCUACAGAUCGCCCCUAAGACAACACUGACUGGAGUAAGUUAAAAUGAAACAUUACUUUUUAGUCUGAAUAUAUAUUGUAUCUUUUUGUCCCGCGUGUGGAAUAGCUGUGUAUGCUGAGCCGUGGUGGUAUUUGAACUGACAGGCAGCUGGCACUUCCAACAACAGUGCGAUGGCCAGUCCAGGGGAUGUGAUCGAGCCAGUGGCUCAAAGCUCGACAGCCCAAACCCUGGCCAGAAGGCGCUUUUUGCACGACAACAACAGUCUGAGUCCAGACGAGAUAGAUGGCCUCAUGUCCAGCAGUGAGGGUCGUCCUUUCCUUGUGGUGCAUCAUCUUCCUGAAAUAAAAGAGGAGGGUGUACCUCACUUAAUGCCUGGUAUCCCUAUAACAUGCAGAGUGGACAACACAGAGAAAUACACUACUCGCUCAAAGGUCCAUGUAGGCACCCUGUACACAGUGCGGCUAACACAUGGCCACUUCCACUGGACAGUGAAGAGGAAGUACAAGCACUUUCAGGAGCUGCAUCGAGACCUUUACAAGCACAAGAUGAUGCUUCACUUGCUGCCUCUGGGAAGGUUUGCAAAGGAGAGGCAGCAGCUGAGAGCCAUGUCAGAGGAAAUGCCCAGCCUACAUGGGACUGAACGGACCAGAAGGACAUCCAGCAAAAUGAAAUACCUUGAGGAGUACCUGAAUGGUCUGCUGGAGAACGUGUUCUGUAGGAAUGAUCACAGCAUGCUGGAAUUCCUCUCUGUCAGUGCUCUCUCCUUCGUCACUGAUCUUGGACCCAAAGGCUUGGAGGGACCCAUCUUCAAGAGGUCGGGUGGCCACCGGAUCCAAGGCCUGAACUGCAUUGGCCAUCAUCAGUUCUGUUUCCGCUGGUCACGGCGCUGGCUGGUGGUGAAAGACUCCUUCCUGAUGUAUAUGAACCAAGACAACGGCAGAAUGAACUUUGUGUUGCUGUUUGACCCAGAGUUCAAAGUGAAAGUGGGUCGUGCUUACACAGACACCAAAUAUGGAGUCUGCAUUGAGAACUUCAAUCGGAGUCUGAUCAUCAAAUGCAGCAGCUAUAGACAGGCUCAUUGGUGGAGUCAUGAAAUCAACCGGCUGGCAGAAACCUGUGACUUUCUCAAAGUGCAACGCUUCGAGGGGUUUGCUCCGCCACGGGAGAACACACUCACUAAAUGGUACGUGAAUGGAAGGGGCUACUUCGCAGACCUGGCUGAUGCUCUCGAACAAGCCAAGGAGGAAAUCUUCAUCACAGAUUGGUGGCUUAGCCCUGAAGUGUUCCUAAAGAGACCAGCAACUGAUAACUACUGGCGCCUGGAUGAGAUACUCAAACGCAAAGCAGAACAAGGAGUCAAAGUGUGUGUUUUGCUGUACAAAGAGGUAGAGUUUACACUCAAAAUCAAAAGUGAGCACAGCAAGAGGACUCUUAUGAAUAUGCACCCAAACAUCAAGGUGAUGCGACAUCCUGACCAUGUGUCGUCUGUGGUGUUCCUGUGGGCUCACCAUGAAAAGAUGGUGGCCAUUGACCAAACAGUAGCCUUUGUGGGGGGGAUUGACCUGGCGUUUGGGAGGUGGGAUGACAGCCAGUACCGGCUGACUGACCUGGGUUUGACAGAGACAGCCAACAGUGUAACCGAGGAGGAGCCCAAAGGAGAUACAGGAGAUAAUGGUGUGGCUGAUGGUCCAAAACCAUCUGAACCAGAUAAGCAAGCAGAGCAGGGCCCUGAUGAUCUGACUCGCAACACUAAACUGUGGCUUGGCAAAGACUACAACAACUUCAUCAGGAAAGACUGGGCUGAGGUGGACAGACCGUUUGAAGAUAACAUUGACCGUACUCAAGUUCCUCGCAUGCCGUGGCGUGAUCUGUCUGCAGCUGUUCAUGGCAGUGCUGCCAGGGAUGUAGCCCGCCACUUCAUCCAGCGCUGGAACUUCACCAAGAUCUUCAAAAACAAGUACAAGGAUGAGUUCUACCCUUACCUUCUUCCCAAGUCUCACUGUACUGCUGGCUCGCUCUCAUUCACUGUGCCUGGGUCCAAGAAGGCCAAAGUGCAGGUGUUGCGCUCUGUCGAUCGUUGGUCUACUGGAACCUGUGAGAACUCGAUCCUCAACGCCUACAUCCACACCAUCGAGAACAGCGAGCACUACAUCUACAUCGAGAACCAGUUCUUCAUCAGCUGUGCCGAUGGGAAGACCAUCUAUAAUGGGAUCGGCGAUGCAAUCGUGAAGCGAAUCUUGCGUGCACACAGAGAGCAGAAGAAGUACAGAGUGUUUGUGGUGGUUCCUCUGCUUCCUGGAUUUGAGGGAGACAUCAGUGCAGGAGGUGGAAAUGCCAUCCAAGCUAUUCUGCACUUCACUUACAGGACCAUGUGCCGAGGGGAGCACUCCAUCAUGUCAAGACUUAGGGAAGUUGAGGACCAGUGGAUGGAGUACAUCACACUCUGCGGCCUGAGAACACAUUCCCAGCUCUCCCAGUCAAUUGUCACAGAGCUCAUCUAUGUUCACAGCAAGACCCUCAUUGCUGAUGACCGCUGCUAUAUAAUUGGAUCAGCCAACAUCAAUGACCGCAGCAUGCUGGGCAGUAGAGACAGUGAGAUGGCAGUGUUUGUGGAAGACGAAGAGCGGGUCCCAUCCAUCAUGGGAGGGAAGGAGUACCAGGCAGGACCCCUCACACUCGCUCUGCGCAAAGAGUGUUUCAGUGUUCUUGUUGGAGCUUCUUCAGACCCCAGUAUUAAUAUUGAUGAUCCAAUCAGCGAUGAUUUCUUCUUCUUGUCCUGGAAUGAAGCUGCUAAACUGAAUGCCACCAUUUAUGACAAGGUCUUCAAAUGCCUGCCCUGCAACACUGUCCACAACAUGCGAGAGCUGAAGGAGUACUCCAGUGAGGAACGCCUCUGCGACACAGACCCUGAGCAGGCUAUAGAGGAGCUGAAGGCUGUCCGAGGGCUGCUGGUCCACUUCCCCCUGAAGUUCCUAUGUGAGGAGAACCUGCUGCCUCCACUGGGCACUAAAGAAGGCAUGGCUCCUGUAGGGCUGUGGACAUAACUGCAGCUGAGCCCACAUCAGACCACUACGUAACAGCUAAAGGGCUGCUGUACCACACACUUCUCCAUGUAGUUCCAGUGCACCUGAUGUUCAGCACAGUACACUAAAGUAUUUACAACACUGGCACUUCAAGGAUGAGGAAAAUACAUAACUUUAACACAAUUUAUUUGUUAAUCUUUGAUGUUUUUUUAUAUAGUCUUUUUGACUGACACUGGGCUUGUCUGAACAUAACCACUGAAAUUUAGAUUUUAUUAUGAUAUUAUAUGAUUAUUAACCUGUACUGGCCAGUUUUUCAUGAUGGCUGUGUCUGCUUCGUAACUUCCACAGUACAAUCAGAAUUGCAGGGCUAGCGGUGGUGCCAAACACACAUAAAUGAAUGUAUGCGUCACGAGAGGAUUGCAAGGUUGUAUUGGAAAUCAAGCAUCUCACAUGAUCUGGGAACAUAGUGUACUGUUAUUGGUGUAAGGGUUUUGGGUGGGUGGGUGGCUCUGUCUCUCUCUCGCUCUUGCUCUGCUCUCGCUCUCUCUCUCUCUCUCUCAAUUUUCCCUUCAAUUCAAUUGGGCUUUAUUGGCAUGGGAAACAGAUGUUAACAUUGCCAAAGCAUGUGUAAAAUAAAACAUACAUAAACAGAAGAUAUUAAAAUAUAUACAGAUAAGUAAGAUAGAAUAAUAAAUAAUAAAAUAAUAAUAAAUUGUAGACUAGCAGUUAAAAUAUAAAUACAAAAAGUGAAAACACUGCAACAUUUUUCUCUCAUGCUUACUCUCACUCUCUCCCUCUGAGGCUUCACCUCUCACUGCAGUGCCAGCAAAUCUGUCAGAACAUUUGUGGUUGUUAUGGUGACUGAUAUAAAGAGAUGACUGAAUUGUUGCUGAAAUAAAGGCUGGAUAGGGCAGAAAAGGGAGAGCACUGAUAAGAGGGAUAACUUACUAAAUCAGGAUGGUGUACUGGAAAAUAGAAGGUAAUAAUGUUGAAAUAGGACUGCCAAUUUCUGUGGAAGCAGUCAUUUUAAUAGUUUUGGAUAAAUGAUCAGGUGGGAAAACUGUGGGAGGGAAAGAAAAGGAGGACAAGAUAAUUAAAGGGUGCUAGGUUGAUGUACCGUUAAUUGUUGCUUCUUUUUUUUAAAGUCACCAUGACAACCGAGUGAAUUAUUAUUUCACCAUGUUGUCAGCAAUCCAGAUCAGAACUUUUCACUGUCCACUUGUCUUUAAGAAAGCUGUGUGAAGCAGAGACACAUAUUGUUUGACCAUUGCAUUUUUCAGCUAUUUCCAUGUGGGAAACCUGCCAGUUGUCCACAAUUCUGUGUUCAGGUGCUAUAAAAUGUCCUGCAUAUCGACCCUCUUUUAAUUUACUUGCACCAGGCAUUUGUUUUGGCGGAUUACAUUUAGCCAUAACACUGUAUCUGAGUAGUGAUGUAAUGUGGAUUUCAUGUCAUUCAUGCUGCAAUUCUCAUGGCUGGAGCAUCAUCCAGUCAUAUUUUUAAUCUUAAGCCGCAAAGAAUUUUAGGUUUUGUUUGAGUUACUUUUAUGCAAUAACUAAAUGUGAUAAGCACGUGUCCUUAUCUGUACGACAUGGGUGACAGAAUAGGAGUUUGACCAAGGUGAGGGGAAAAUAGGGAAGUUCUGUAACCUGAGAUUGAAGACUUAGGCAAAACAGUCCUAUUCAGAGAGCAUUUUUAUAUGUAUGAAGGUUUCUCACAUGGAACACGUUUUAUCAGUGCCUCUGUAAAGCACCUGUAUCAUAUAAAAAUUGAGUUUUUAGAGAACAACCAGCAGAGAGGCAGCCAAUGAAGCUUGUGAAUGGGACUUUAUGUUUUAUGUCCUUUGCAUUUUGGUGGUGUUCUCAUUGGACUUUGCAAUAUGGGAAAAAACCCUUUCCCAUGUAUUUCAUUUCAUAGUUUAUAAUCCAAAAAAGUGGAAACUCGUUGAACCUAUGACAGAGCCAGUGACACACUGCUUCAUAAGCUUGUGAGACAUGCCCACAAGUCAUCAACACUACCGAGGUGGUUUCAGUGCAAACUUGUCUGUGAAUGAGACAGAUGACAACUGUCCCACGUGAUCGCUGCCUUGAAGCACUUUUCAUAGAGGAGCUAGUAAAACCAUCUAUGUUUAGAAAUGGUGCAUUGCUGGUUUCAGAAUUAUUCACACCUUCCUUUGGAAGAUAUUAAAAGCCACUAUGAGCCCUUGCACAUUAGAAACUGUGUAUUUGCUAGCCUCUUUUAUACAGCACAAAACGGUUGCCUUUAGUGGUAUUCUUUGUUUAAAGAUUCAGCAGAAAUGUUUGUGAUAUACUGAGAAGUGACCUUAUACUGUUUCUAUUAUGAAUUUUAUUUUAAUGGACUAAUAACCAGCAUUACCAAUACAAUUGUAUGUGUAUAUAACUAAUACAAACUUGGGUUUUCAACUCAUCCCUAUUAACAGUCACCAUGUGAAGACCUUUGUGUAUGCAAAUCUGUAGAUCUAGGUUAUUACCUUUAAGUUGCUGAUGUAUAGGUUACUAACACUCAGGGGUAGAGAGAUAAUAAAUAUUCUUAACUGCUGAAGUACUUUUAUGAACAACUUGUACUUUAAGGUAUGUUACUUUUCUUGUUUCCUCAAUAAAUUAGUUUUUUAUGGAAUUUCAAA